UUCCUCUCUUCCGGCUCCUCCGCCCCCGUUCAAGAAAGCGGAAGUGGAGGAACCCCGCUGAGCCAUUCUCUCCAGUUCGCGGUCCGCUGCUUGUCUUACCCUUGCUUCGGCCGGCCCAUGGCCACCUACCACUACCGGACGGGCCCUGGGGGCGGCUCUGGCCCCGGGCCUGCCGCUGCCGCGUCCCUCCCGGACCAGAGUUUCCUGUGGAACGUCUUUCAGCGGGUUGAUAAAGACAGGAGUGGAGUAAUAUCUGACAAUGAACUUCAACAAGCAUUAUCCAAUGGCACAUGGACUCCAUUUAAUCCUGUGACUGUCAGAUCAAUCAUAUCGAUGUUUGACCGAGAAAACAAAGCAGGAGUGAACUUUAGUGAAUUCACUGGAGUUUGGAAGUAUAUCACAGAUUGGCAGAAUGUCUUCCGGACAUAUGACAGAGACAACUCUGGAAUGAUUGACAAAAAUGAACUAAAGCUAGCGUUAUCAGGUUUUGGUUAUCGGUUAUCUGACCAAUUUCAUGAUAUCCUUAUCAGAAAAUUUGACAGACAAGGAAGAGGACAGAUUGCUUUUGAUGAUUUCAUUCAAGGCUGCAUUGUUUUACAGAGGUUGACAGAUAUAUUCCGGCGCUAUGAUACCGAUCAGGAUGGCUGGAUUCAAGUGUCUUAUGAACAGUAUCUUUCCAUGGUCUUCAGUAUUGUAUAACACUCACCUUUGGAGGUUAUCGAUGGGACUUACGGAAAAAGAAAGACUGGAAAUGCCAAAUCCCUUAUCUCAUCACGUCAUGAAAAAAGAACGCUGAUGCAGCUCAAGAUUGUCUUCCUCCCAAAUUUUAUACAAUUGAUAUGUUUAUGUUUCAAAAUCCUAACUCUGUAUAUAUGUGAAAAGGCUAAUUAAUAUUAUACCCUAGUAACUAUAGCCAUAUAGCUCUCCAUAUGCAAAAAUGAAUUUAGUUUGUGGUUAUUUGUGCCAUGAAGUAGAAUAUGUGUAACUUUGCUUCAGGUAUCCUGCAUGAAAAAUGCAUCAUAUCUUUUGUAGAUGUCUCUAUUCCUCUUGUCAGAAUGCUUCUACUAAUUAAUCAGAAUUUUAAAUAGUAUGGAACUUGCACAUAAGGCUUUUCAUGUGCCUUACUUUUUUUUAAAGGAAUUUAUUGUAUCCAUUUUAAUAUGUAAUGUAAGCAAUAAAGGAAAUGUUACAGA